AUUAGAGCUUAACUUCGCACGGCAGGAUAAGAAAGAAGGCGAUGAUACCUCAGGCCACGAAAUCAUGGAGUUUGUGGAGCAGUCCAUGAUCUCAUUUUGUUUCAAUUUUUGCUUUUGAUACUUCAAAUCAGAUGCAAUACCUGAAAACCUAAUAGUAGUAAGUUUUUCUGUCGAUAUGAAUUAGAUAGAAAGAAAUGGAUCACGUUCUUUCUUCUUCCUCCGCGUCAAAAGAUGUGGGCGGGCGGAGCAGCUUUUGUGCAUGCAGUAGCAGCUGAUGCACAAGGUCACCAGCCCCACCACGGUCAUCACUUUGCCAGCCCGGAGUCUGACAGGCUUGAGCGGUCAUGUUCAGCACAAACACGUCCAUGUCCCUCUCCAAGUUUCCAUAACUCCAGUUGGAAGUCUCCUGUAUCAUCACCCUCCCAUCUCACCCCUCUCAAGAAACAAGGCAGUGAGGAGCUCCAGACACCAACAGGCGAGGAGACCGUCAAGCAUCAGCACCUUUUCUUCUCCUCUUCUCUUCUUCCUCCAUUCUACCUCCUCAAUCUCUUCUUCCACUAACUCAAAUUCAUCUAUCUGUAUGUUCUUUGAUAGCUUCUUGGACAACAACAUGAAGAACAAGGACAGCAGGAAAGAUGUCAUCCUUCGCUUUCAGCAGCACAACCUCCAACAACAUCAAGGACGCCAGCAGCAGCAACUCUGGAAAGAAUGCCUUCCGGACGAAGUCGUCCGCGCGAGGAGCAGUGGAGAGAUCAACGAGCCAAAAGCCGACGUCGAACAUGACUCGCAGAAAGCUGUGGUGGUGGUUAAUGGCAGCAGCGGUACUAGUUGUGAUGGAGGAGGAGAUGGUGCAAUUUUUGAGGCGGUGAAGCGGCGUCGAGGGCGGCCUCUAGGCUCCAAGAACAAGCCCAAGCCGCCCGUGGUGAUUACGCAAAAGGCGGAGACGCCGGCGGCCAUGCGCCCGCACUUGCUAGAGAUACCCGCCGGGAAGGAUGUGGCUGACGCGAUUGCGCGCUUCGCCCGCCGCCGCAACCUCGGUCUCUGUGUCCUCGCAGGAACCGGUUCCGUCGCCAACGUCACCCUCCGCCAGUCGAACAUUGGCGGGGUGCCUACGGCGGCUGCUGCGACCAUCGGAUUUCACGGGCGAUUCGAGAUCCUAUCCAUUUCCGCGACGUUCCUCUCUCCGGCCGUUGCGGCUCUUUCCCCGGGGAUCAGCGGUCAAGUGUCGAUCUCGCUGGCCGGGCCGCAGGGGCAGGUCAUGGGUGGGCUGGUGGUUGGGCCGCUGUUGGCUGCGGAGACAGUGGUCAUCGUAGCGGCGGCGUUCUUAAAUCCGACCUUCCACCGGUUGCCAGCAGAGGACGAUGCGUCGUUGUCGAUCUCGGUUUUCGGCGGCGACGUCGGAGCUGCUGGUGAAGUAGAAGAGCAGGAACAGCACCUCCAUCACCCAAACCAGCAGCAUCAGCAACAGGAGCAUCAACAGCGGUGCAACCACGGGUCAGUGGCGGCUAGUUCGUCUGAGCCCUGCGGCGUGUCCAUCUCCAGUCGCCACCUAUCGUCGUCAGUCAUUCUGGCACCCAUCUCCAGACCACCGCGGCCGUCUUCGCCGCCGCCGCUGCCGCCUUAUCAAUAUUACUCUUAAACGCUCUAGCUGUUGUGUAGUAAUCUUAUUCUGUCGUUACUGCACCGGGGAAGUCCUCGAGACUCCGCUUAUUUGGAUUCAUAGUGUCAAGUAAUUGAAGUUACUGACUCAAUUAUUAGUCCUUUUUAGGCCAAUAUAAAAUUGGGAUGCUGCCAUUUUAGUCUGA